UAAUCUCCCCUUUCUUCCAAAAACUUUCAUAUUCCCAUACUUUCACGUACGUACACCCUCUCUACCAACAUUAUUAGCAACGGAGAUCAGCUUCAACUAGAAAGAGAAAAAAAGAAAAGAAAGAUUGCAGAGACAGAGAACAAGUACGAUUAAUACUGAGAGAGGUGUUCUGAUAAAGUGAAUAUCAGUAGUGCAGAAUGAGUUGCGUUUCGGACGCAGUGGAGGGUGACAAGUACAGUAUGCUUAAUUUUGAAGAGACUGAAUUACGUCUGGGAUUACCCGGCGCCGGCGCCGGAGGUGGAAAUAAUGAUGGCGAGGCGGCUAGGAAGAGAGGGUUUUCAGAAACAGUUGAUUUGAAGCUUAAUCUUUCCUCCAAAGAUUCGGCCAAGAACGAAGUUGAUCAAAAGAUGAAGGAGAAGAUGAUCAGCCCUGUAGCUGCUUCUAAUGAUCCUGCAAAACACCCAUCCAAGGCACAAGUUGUGGGUUGGCCACCUGUCCGAUCAUUACGAAAGAACAUCGUCGCCGGCCAGAAGAAUGGUAAAGAUGAAGCCGCCAAGCUGGGCGGUAGCAUUAGUGCAGCCUUUGUUAAGGUUAGCAUGGAUGGAGCACCAUAUCUACGCAAGGUAGACUUGAAGUUGUACAAAAGCUACCAGGAACUUUCUGUUGCCUUGGGCAAAAUGUUCAGUUCCUUUACCAUUGGAAAUUGUGGGUCACAAGGAAUAUUAAAGGAUUUCAUGAAUGAGAGCAAAUUGAUAGACCUGUUGAAUGGUUCUGAGUACGUGCCCGCUUACGAAGACAAGGAUGGUGAUUGGAUGCUUGUAGGAGAUGUGCCAUGGGAGAUGUUUGUUGAUUCGUGCAAGCGCUUGCGGAUAAUGAAAGGAUCUGAAGCCAUUGGACUUGCACCGAGGGCGGUGGAGAAAUGCAAGAACAGAAGCUGAUCAUGAAGCAAUGUCGUGUGGUGUUUGAAAUCUUAGCCUAUAAUCAGCUUGAGAGAACAUCAUAAGGUGAUCAUCUACCAUUGCAGCUCGGAGUUUGGAUGUGUUAAUUGUAGCAUUUUCUUUUACUUCUUUUUUCUUAAUAUAUAUAUAUAUAUGAUGAGAGAGGUAUUCCAGAAUUGUUAAUUAAUUAGGAACAUGAAGCAUUAAUAAUAUUAUAAUAUUAUACAUAGAAUUAAGAUGUUCAUAUAUGUAUAAGAUCGAAGUUGCUGAUCUCGUUCAUGUAUGAGUUUGUUUAAUUAUUAGUACCUAUGGUCAAUGCAUGGCUUGUCUAACUAUUAUAUAUACAAUAAUGUCAAUUUUCUUGU